UCGCUCUGGCCUUCAUAGGUCUGAGUCACAUAGAGGUUCGCCACAUGGCGUCCAAUACCAUACUCGUCACUGACAGCAUUGCCACCAAAAAUCUCCUGGAGAACUCUGGCAUUCCACAGAGCUCUGUCACAAUUCUGGCGCUUGACCAUGCUAAUCAUCUCGGGAGUAGCCUUGCCUUGCUCCUUCAACCGGCCGACCUGGAUGGAGGCCAGGACGCCGUAUGAGAUAUCAGUGGCGGCGUCUGCGAGCUUCUUCUGGAUCAGCUGAUAUUUGGCAAGGGGGUUGCCCUUGAACUGCUUCCUUUCCAGAGCAUAGGUUCUCGCUCUCGCCAGGCAGUCCUCCAAAGCACCCAUCACACCGAGAGAGAUACCAUACCGGGCGCUGUUUAGGCAGGCAAACGGCCCCUUCAGUCCCUCCACCCCAGGGAACAUGUUCUCCUUAGGGACAGGGCAGUCCUCGAGAUGAAUCAUUCCGGUGAUGGAAGCGCGGAGUCCAGUCUUGUUGCUGAUCUUGGGUGUCUCGAGUGUGCCAGCAGGACAGUCCUUCCUGUCAACAAGAAAUCCGCGGAUCUUUCCAGUCUCCUGGAGCUUGGCCCAGACGAGGAGAACAUCGGCGAUGGGCGAGUUGGUGAUCCAAGUCUUGGACCCCUUGAGCAGGUAGCACCCCUUCUUGGUCGGGUGCUCGCGCGCAGUCGUCUCCAUGGAGCCCGGAUCGCUGCCGUGGUUCGGCUCGGUAAGUCCAAAAGCACCAAGAAGCUUGCCCUUUGCCAUGUCUGGGAGGUAUCUCUCCUUUUGCUCUUCCGAACCGAACUCAUGAAUUCCACCCAUGACCAACGACGACUGAACCGACAUGCCGCUUCGGUAACCGCUGUCCACCCUCUCGACGGCCCUAGUGAUCAAGGCUCCAGCCACAUCCGACACUCCAGCACAUCCAUACCCCUGAAGGUUGGCUCCCAGGAGACCUAGCUCGCCCAUCUCCCGGAGGAUCUUUGGAUCAUAGUGCUCAUCGCGGUAUGCCUCUAUCGUGCCGUUAGCCCAAGCAGGCGGAUUCGGAGGGUUUCGGGUUCAACGGUUCGUACGUAGUACUCGGGGAAGCAAUUGCUCCUGGCAAUACCGCUCAGCCGUUUCGGAGACUGCGAGCUCCUCCUCCGUCAACAGGUCCUUUGCUCCGAGCGGGUCCUCCCAGUCGAACUGCACAGCUGGAGAUGCCGACGCAUAGCUCCGGGUCGGGAGUGCUGGCCGGGCUUGAAGAAGGGCCCGGGCGGGGAAUCGUCUGCAGAGGAGUCUGGACAUGGUCAAUUGGGUUCGUCGGUAUACUGACGUUGGUGGCUGGAGCAGAAUUCACCUUGCAUUUCAUUCCCCGCUGUGUUUCCCAUUCCUCCUUGUCCAUGGCCCCGAUAGCUUCCCGAUCCCCAGUGCUCAUCCCCGCCACUAGCCGAUCCACGGGUAACCUGGGCCGAGGCUGGUGAGUUAUGGGGGUUAGGGUUAUGUACUGGAUAUCCGUUGCCCCUGACAGGGGUUUAUCAGGGGCAAGAAAACAACUGAAUAGAGAGCAGAUGUCUCCUUGAAGGUUGACAAGUAACAUCCUCCGAUUCAAUCUGAGAAUGGUAACAGUAAUGUAAAAUGGAGACAUGCGAUGAACCAAUUCAAAGGAAGGAGCAUGACAUCGCAGCGUGUUCCGACUAGCAGAGCAAGAACGUUCUGCUCGAAGAACCUGGCUUGAGAAACUUAAAACAUCCAACUUCUCUUCACUCACCUCCGGAGUGACCAUUACCAGUUCCAUGCUACCUUUUACCAUGUCUUUUUAGUAUCGUUAGCUAUCAUGAUCACAAACGCCAGGUAACCCCGCUACUGGCGAUACCUUACUCUGUUCCAGAACCGGGCAGCCGCCCGGUGUCUGACAUACCUACCCUUAUAUUCGACACACAUAAUAGCAGCAGACCUUACGAUGUCCAAUACCGCCGAACCAGAUAUGUUCCAAGACAUCAUCACCAACAACAACGACAGCCUAGCCACUUUUGCCGCCAUCCGUCUCCUCAGCUGCUGCUGGACAACCAUCCCUGGCAUUGACCUCGCCUACAACUACCUCCCAGCCAACAAUAUGAUCUCCGCCCUCGACAUGCAACUCCGCUACUCCCCCUCCAAGAACCUCAUCUCCAGCAACCAGUCAGAUACAACCUCACAAUACCGAGCCUAGCGAGCAGGAUACCCAGGCAAACCCAAAUUUGGCUACGACGGGCACCUCGCCGAACCACCCGAGCAGUCCUCUCCCGACGAAGUUCCCAAACGGCCACAAAGCAGAAUCCCCUUUUUAGACACCACUCCUAUCAAACACCGCCGUCAAAGCGCCUCCAACCUACCAACAAGUUCAAGACCUAACCUCAAAGGAAAAAGCCCCAACCAAAGUACCGGCGCCCUGCCUGACUCCCGACUCAAAUCUUUUGAUGAACAAAACAGUAAAUAUCCGGGAUCAUCCCUCCAUCAAAUCGAUGAACACCCCCCUCUUAGAGAAUCAUCAGCCUCAACGAUCACCUGCCCAGCAGAGCUCGAUCACCCCCAACCAGCAGGGGAAUAGAACUCCUCCCCAUCAUCCCCCUCCCAAACUCGGCGGGGCGCCUUUGAAAAGUUCCGCCAGAAGAUCAGGCGCUCGAAAUCUGUCUCCUUUCCUGCUACAGAGCCGGAAACAUCACGCAGCAGACGGGAGGGAACGGCGGCGGGCUAAUCGGGAUCGGCUGGAGGAGCCGGCACAGGGGGCGAGCCCGCUGUUUAAACGGUGGGGGUGUGGAAGGAGGCCGAGUCUGGAUUUGAUUGCUGUUGCGGGCAUGAUGAUUGCUGCUGGGGAGCUGGACAGGCUUUCUUUGAGGGCGGACGAUGUGGAGAGGGUGAGGAGGGGGAGGGAGGGGGUGGGUUUGGUGAGUGAUAGUGGGCAGAUGUCUCCUCCCGGGUCGGGGGAUGGGAAUGGGAGUGGCGGCGGUGUAGUGGUAGUACCACCCAAUACACCAAAUACCGCUGUUGGGUCACCAGCUAGUCCGGUGAGUCCUGGCGGUGGGGUGGGGGAUAGUAGUAUAAUGGGGCGACAGUUGGGGUCUGCACUUUCGGCGGAGAGAAGAGAGGGGGGGUUUGCCCCGUUUCCGCCGGCGAAUACACCUGUUUUUGGGGGGAGCGGUGCGGUGACGCCCAGCAGCAGGUCGGGGUCGGGGUUGGGGUUGGGUGGUGGAAAGCAGAGAGCGGCUCGACCGAGCAAGCUGUCGGAGGUUCGGAGAUUUGAGGAGGUGGUGAGAAGGCUGUCAGUUUCUGACCCUGCGGUUUCGCCGGGGGCGAGGGAGACGGAGGAAGAGCCGGUUUAUAGGCUUGAGUCGUUUCCUGAGUUUCCUGAUGGGGGGGAUCACAGCGAGGACCGGUAUGAGAGCGGGGAGUCUACGCCUAGGUAUAAACCGGAAGAGCAUUAUUUUGUGGAGGGGCGGUUACAGUCUGGUGCUGGGGUGGGUGGAAGUGGAUUGAAAUUGAGGGGGCAUGGGAAUUGUGAGGAGGUUGAGGGGGAGCAUAAAGGGGAAGAGACACAUGCUAGGCCUGAUAUUUGGAGGCCUGAGGAUGGGGUUGGGUCGGGGCCGGGGGAGGUUUCUUCUACUAGAGAUUCCAAGGGGUCGAGGUUGUCGUUUGCGACUUCGGAGGAGAGGAGGAGGAGUUGGUUGGAUGUUGCUAGACGGGCGACGAAGGGGAGGUGGGAUCACGAGCUGGAGGAGUGUAGGGGGCUGACGGAGGAAGAGGAGGGGGAUGGGAAGGAGGGGCUUGUGAUGAAGAGGAAGCAUACUAUGGCUGACAUUGUGGAGCUGUUGAAGUCGGGGAAGGGGGUGCAGAAGGAGUGA